GAAAUGUUAAUAAUUUUAUGAUGUUUUGUGUUUAAUUAAUUAUUUUAAAUGAAUGUGUAGUGAAAGAAACUAAAUGGACUAAUUAAUAACUAACAAAUUCAAGAUAAUUUGCCAUUUUAAUAAAUAUUUUAUUAUGGAUUUUAAGACUGACCUAAAUAAAAUGUAUUAAUCGGACCAGGUAGACAACUCUUUAAGAACAAUCCCAAAUGAUGUUUGACUGUAGUGCACUACACUUAUCAACAAACACGUAUACAUUUGUGGCGAAACAACAAGCAUGGAUUUCUUUAACGAAGAACACGACAAGGAAAUACAAAAUUUGAAGCAAACGCUUAUAAAUUUCAACACAACUUGUACUGAGGUGGAAGCAUUUUCUCAAAAAGAAUCUGACGAAACGUUGAUAAGAAAACUUGAAACAAAACUUCAUGACAUUUUAGUACUUAUAAAAGAAAAAAUUGUUAGUAGAGAGGAGUUUUUAUUUUUACUUAAUUCGUCGGUAACACUUGACAAUUUAUUUAAACUAUUAAAAGGAGACAAUGCCAAACUAAUAUUGGGAGUAAUAGGAAUUUUAAAAGACAUCACAUCCGCCGACUUACUAGAGGAUGCCGUGUUUGACUUGAUGCAAUCCAUGUUAAAGAAACACUUAAUAGUUCUGUUGGUGUACACGAUACAACGAAUGAAUCAGGACGAUAAAGAUCAAUAUAACGGCACUUACGACAUACUUAAAAUUGUAUCGAAUUGUUUUUUGUUAGGAAAUAAAAUCGUUGACAAACCCUCAUCGAAGUACCUCAUGACUUGGCUACUUAAACACCUGAGGAUGACCAAAAACUACAGCAAAAAACUGGUGUACGCAAGCGAGCUCCUGCAUAUUCUACUGCGAGACAACGAGGACCACAGACAAGUGUUCAGGGAGUUGGAAAAGGGUUUGGAGACUGUAUUAAAUCAAACGGGAUACUUCUACCAUCACGAUCCGAAAACCCAAGAAGAAAGGACAAUAAUGUCCAACAUCUUCGACAUAAUCUGUGAUCUUCUGACUGCUGCGUCGUUUCGCCAUAAAUUCCUACAAUUGGACGGCCUAUCCUCCAUGCUCGACAUAAUAAAGACUAAAAGGGCGGCAACGGUUUGUGCCGUUAAAGUCCUCUCCUAUGCUCUUUAUGGACCGAAUGGCGAAGACAGUUGCAACAAACUGAUUGAAUUAGACGGAUUGGCAAUAUUAUUUGACAUCGGAUUCAAUCAAUUUGACGGCGUUAAUUCGGAGUCGAUUGAGGAAUACGUUCGACUAUUUAGUUCGAUUGUCGUGUCUUUGAUUCGCAAUUGUGGAAGUGUUGAACUUGAUGAAUUGUCGACUUAUUUUAAGAAGGAUGAAUAUAUGGAACUGAACAACUUGUUGUCGCUUUAUUUUCAGUAUUACAGGAGAAUACAAAACAUAUACGUUGAACUUCCAGUUGACACCAGCAACAACGAUACAUAUCGUGUCUACCUGCAGUUAGGGUAUCACACCCUCCAACUGAUAACUUUCAUCCUCGUUUGGCUCUCUCAGAAUGACUGGGAGAUAUAUGUGAUAUUUUUGAAGGCGUUGAAUAAGAAACGAUGUCCUUUGCGCGAGGUGCAAUUCAUCCUUUGGGAUUUCGCCAAUAAUUUACCGAAGGAAGGGCUGAAAGAGUGGCAGAAUCAGGAAGCACAAAGGAUAAUGGUUUUGACCAAAAAUUUCAUGCAAACAAACGUAUGUAAGUAACGAUUUUAAUAAAAGGA